AUGGUUGUUCUGGAGCUCAUACACGAGAAGCCCAGAAGAAAACAACCAUACGAACAGCAACAAGGUUGCUACCACGCGGUAGGGAAUCAUCCCCACCAGACUCGUCCACAAAGUCAGUCUUACCGCACACCGGUGCGAAGACCAGCGAGACACGAUGGAUCGAGUCAAACACGACGACGCUGCACAGAUGAGGCAAACACAAAUAUUGAUGUGGACUUUCAUACACUCACACCCUCACGACUUACGACUCAUGACUCCACCACCACCACCAUCCUCAUCAUCGCAGGAGAUAAUGGGAGGUUGGGUGCCGCCAUAAUUCACCGUCCCCACACGAUGGGCAGCGGCAGGAUUUCCACCAUGCUCGCACAAGGUGAUUCACAGGAAAUGGGAAUAAGAGCACCACCACCAUUGAAUCCACCGAAUAAAAAAUAA